AUUAAAACAUUAGUGUUUAUAUUACAAUGUACUUCAUAAAAUGUUAUAUUUCAGUAUAACAGAACAUCACUGCUCAUUGUGUGGUAUGAACGAGUAGAUUUUAACGGGAGUCGAGCUGUUGUGUAAACCCAAAUAAGCAAUGCACUUCCGAACAACAGGACAGUAUGGCCACCACUGUUACUGUCAGUCCCAGCGAAUACCUUCAGCCCUCCACCGCUUCCACACAAGACACCCAGCCAUCUCCGCUGGCCCUCCUGGCUGCCACCUGUAGUAAGAUCGGCCCUCCUGCUGCUCAGGCUCCUGCCACCUCUCCUCCAGCACAGCCGCAGCCCCGCAGACUCCUUCCCAUAAAGCCGGCUCCAAUCGCCCCUGCUCCACCCAAAAACCUGGGUUUUCUGUCAGCCAAGGGCAAUGUGAUCCAGCUCCCUGCUGGCCUGGGCUCCACGGCUCCUGUCAACCCCAUCGUCCUCACUAUCCAGCAGAGCCCAGCGUGCACCAAUACCCCAGCCCCUGCCAACAUCCAGUACCAGGUGGUGCCGCAGAUUCAGGGUGCCCAGACUAUCCAGGUGAUGCCACAGGGAGGUCAGAUCCAGCUCAUACCAGGCACCAAUCAGGCAUUCAUCACCACUCCCAUGACUGUGCCAGCUCCAGCAGCUGCCACCACUCCGGUCACACCACAGAAGACUGUUGCCAUCAAGCCCUCCCCUAAGUUGCGGAAGCCAAACAGCACUGCUGCAAACAUGGUGCAGCUGCCCAGCGGGCUCACAUUGCCGCUCAACGUGGCGACCGGAGAGGUGGGCGGCACUCAAAUCGUCACUGAGACGGCAGCUGCUCCUUCCACUCCUGGAAAAGGACGGCGAGGGAGGAAGAAGAAAGUGGUUGUGGCUGCUCAGCCUCCACCUGCUCCUCCUCCUGCACAGGCUGCUUCCCCACCCCCAGAACAGAUGGAGACCAUCCUGAUAGAAGCUGGUGACAACAUCAUACAGGCUGGUAACAAUCUACUGAUCGUGCAGAGUCCUGGGCAGCCAGCUGUGGUGCAGCAGGUCCAGCUGGUCCAGUCCAAACUAGAUUCUCAGGUGGUUCAGAUCCCUCAGCAGGCCUUGAAGGUGGUACAGGCUGCCUCUGCCACGCUGCCACCCGUCCCACAGAGACCGCCGGUCCCCUCGAGCCUGCAAGUCACCCCGACAGAGCCUACACCCACACAGAUCCUCUUCAAAACGGCAUCGGGCGAGUGGCAAUCGGUUCUGCUUCAGGACUCUCCCUCCACGACAACAACCCCUGCCACUUCGGUCGCCACCGUUACCACUUCGCCACCUGCCAGCACCAAGAAGAUGCCGGCUGGGGCGCGGAAGGAGAGGACUCUGGCAAAAAUUGCCCCGGCAGGGGGGAUGAUAGCGUUAAAUACGUCGCAGCUGUCCUCGACAGCUCAGGCUGUGCAGACGAUCAGCAUCAAUGGGGUCCAAGUUCAGGGAGUUCCUGUCACCAUCACCAAUGCGGGAGGCCAGCAGCACCUGACGGUGCAGACGAUGCAGGGUGGCGGGCUCCAGCUGGCAGCAACACCAAGCCAGCCGGCCAUCCAUCUAGACCAGACCCUCACUCUGGAGCUGCCUGGCCAACCAGGAGAGAAGAAGCGACGCAUGGCCUGCACCUGUCCCAACUGUAAGGAUGCAGACAAGAGGCCUGGGGAGGUGGGGAAGAGGAAGCACAUCUGCCACAUCCCCGGCUGCGAGAAGACGUUCAGGAAGACAUCACUGCUCAGAGCUCACGUCCGGCUGCACACCGGGGAGAGGCCCUUCGUCUGCAACUGGGUUUUUUGUGGCAAACGUUUCACACGCAGCGACGAGUUGCAGCGGCACGCCAGGACACACACGGGAGACAAGCGCUUUGAGUGCAGCCAGUGUCAGAAACGCUUCAUGAGGAGCGACCACCUGACGAAGCAUUACAAGACUCACAUAAACACCAAGAACCUGUGAGCAGACUGUAUACGCAGACAAACUCUCAGAAACUGGGUUGGAGGAAGGAGGUGUAGAGGGGACGUUUCCAAGGGAGUGUCUCUGGCUUAUCCCAUAAUGGGAAAUACUCCAAAACAAAAAGACCCUAUCUCACCUCUCAGUCCUCUAGGACACUGUGUAGCGUGGUGUACAAAGUAAUCCUUCCUGGUGGACUUCAGACUGAUCCAGAAAAUGUAAUAAUUAUAGUUUAUCUUGUUUGUUUCCUCUGUUCUGACCAAAGGCCAGAACCAGUGCCGGCUGAACGUGUAAGAAGACGAGAUGGCGAGGCUUCACACAUAAAAUGCUUAACUCAGCUUGCUUAUUUAUGAACGUCUCUGGAGGAAAAACAAAGAAAUAUUCAGACACCAACACCCAAGACCACUUGCUUUUUGCUUUUCUGCUUUUUUUUUUAAGUUUGUUUGGUGUGGGAGCUCCCAGAAAAUGGCUGUCAAGCACCAAAAAAUGAAAGACUUCCACAUCUUUAUUUCUAAAUUUACCAGAAAUUUGUUUUACUUGAGUGGGAUGGAAAUUUUGCUUGGAGCUAUCUGUGUUUCACUGGAGUUUCUACUGAUUUACCCAAAACGUACCAUUAGGUUCCACUGCAUAAAUCUCCCCUUGCUUUGGAAUUAAGACUUUUAAAACUUUUUAGAAGUUUACAUCAGCCAUUUUAAAGUGUGUAUAUACAUGUUAUUAUACAUAAUAUUAAUAAUGAUAAUAAACAUUUUAUAAAUUUUUCCUUACAGUUGUUACAAAUUGAUUUACAAAGUAGGCAUGAAGGGAAACGUGACACAAUGGACUAAUUGAGACUUAAAGUUAAAAACGGGAACAUUUUACAGCAGACAUAUAAAGAGGAUGUUAAAAGCAUUUACAUUUAAAACAUUUUAACAUGUACAAGUUUGCUUUGAAGCACUGAUUGGAGAUAGAGUCACUUAGCUGCCACCUCCUCACAACACAUCCGCAGCACAUCAGUCUUAGCUUGGAAGGGGUUCAGUAUGAGGUUCAGGGCCAGAUGUGCCUUAUAAACUAUCAAAAAUUUUAUGAUCAGUGUCCAAAAAAAAAAAAA